AUGGCUCCAGCUUCUGGCGAGGUCGAAGUGGAGAGCAUUUCUGCGUAUGGAGUUGCUCGCACCACCGUCGACGAAAAGCCGCUUUCAGCUGAGGAAGUUAAGAAAUAUGACGCUUACUUCAGUGCUUGUAUGUAUCUAUGCCUCGGCAUGCUUUACCUCCGAGAGAAUGCCCUACUCAAAGAACCGCUCAAGAAAGAACAUCUGAAGGCUCGACUUCUAGGACAUUGGGGCUCAGAUGCUGGUCAAGCUUUCACAUAUCUUCAUAUGAAUCGCCUCAUCAAAAAGUACGACUUGAAUGCGUUAUUCGUCUCUGGUCCAGGUCAUGGGGCUCCUGCUGUACUUUCAAAUGCGUAUUUGGAGGGUACUUACUCAGAAGUUUAUCCUGAUAAGGCGGAGGAUGAGGAAGGAAUGCGAAAAUUCUUUAAGCAGUUCUCUUUUCCGGGUGGAAUUGGUAGUCAUGCUACUCCAGAAACACCGGGUAGUAUUCAUGAGGGAGGAGAGCUGGGAUACUCCAUCUCACAUGCUUUCGGCACUGUCUUUGAUAAUCCCAACUUAAUCACAUUGACGAUGGUUGGUGAUGGAGAGGCGGAAACGGGACCUUUGGCUACAGCCUGGCAUUCAACUAAAUUCCUCAAUCCGAUUACAGAUGGUGCUGUUUUACCGGUUUUGCAUCUCAACGGUUACAAGAUCAAUAAUCCUACGAUCCUUGCUCGGAUCAGUCACAAGGAACUGGAAUCUUUAUUCAUCGGUUAUGGAUGGAAACCAUACUUUGUCGAGGGAAGUGACCUCGAGAGUAUGCACCAAGCUAUGGCAGGAACUCUGGAACGCUGUGUCGUCGAGAUUCGUAAAUACCAGAAGGAAGCACGUGAAUCUGGUAAAGCAAUUCGACCACGCUGGCCCAUGAUUGUCCUUCGUAGUCCUAAAGGAUGGACAGGUCCAAGGAAGGUUGAUGACAAGUUACUUGAAGGUUUUUGGCGUGCACAUCAAAUCCCACUGCCAAAUGUUGCAAGUAAUCCAGAACACUUGAAAGUUUUGGAGGCUUGGAUGCGCAGCUACAAGCCUGAAGAGGUUUUUGACAAGGAGGGUAAACUACUGCCUGAGCUAAAGGAAUUGGCUCCUGUUGGCAAUGCUCGUAUGAGUGCCAACCCUGUUGGUAAUGGUGGAAUCCUCAGGAAACCACUCGACAUGCCCGAUUUCCGCAAAUAUGCAUUUGAGAAUAUUGAAGCUGGUGUUAGUCUUCUUCCUAGUAUGUCUAACAUGGCCAAGCUCUUACGCGAUGUGGUUGCCAAAAACAUGCACACUUUCCGAUUAUUUGGACCUGAUGAAACCGAGUCAAAUAAACUUGGCGAAGUUUACAAGGCUGGUAAAAAGGUUUGGAUGGGGGAGAAUUUCGAAGAAGAUGCUGAUGGUGGUAAUCUUGCUACCGAAGGUCGUGUCAUGGAAAUGCUUAGUGAGCAUACUGUUGAGGGUUGGUUGGAGGGAUAUAUUUUAUCUGGUCGUCAUGGUUUACUCAACAGCUAUGAACCUUUCAUUCACGUUAUUGAUUCUAUGGUUAAUCAACAUUGUAAAUGGAUUGAGAAGUGUAAUGAAGUCGAAUGGCGAGUAAAGAUGGCAUCUCUUAAUAUUCUUUUGACAGCCACUGUUUGGAGACAGGACCACAAUGGUUUCACCCAUCAAGAUCCUGGAUUCCUCGACGUCGUCGCCAACAAGAGUCCUGAAGUCGUACGAAUCUACCUCCCACCCGAUGGAAAUUGUCUUCUCUCCUGUAUGGAUCAUUGUCUUCGCAGCACAAAUUACGUCAACGUUAUCGUCGCUGAUAAACAAGAUCAUCUCCAAUUCCUAAAUAUGGAAGAUGCACUCACUCAUUGUGAAAAGGGACUGGGAAUCUGGGACUGGGCCUCUAACGACCAAGGUUUCGAACCAGAUGUUAUCAUGGCUGCUUGUGGAGACGUACCCACGCACGAGUCUCUAGCUGCUACGGCUCUCCUUCGAGAACUCAUUCCAGAUCUAAAGAUCCGUUUCGUAAACGUGGUCGAUCUAUUCAAAUUAAUCCAUCACGGUGAUCAUCCCCACGGUAUCACAGAUAAAGAUUGGAUCUCCAUCUUCACAUCCAACAAACCCAUCAUCUUUAAUUUCCACUCCUACCCAUGGCUCGUUCAUCGACUCACCUACAAACGUCCCGGUCAAGUCAACAUCCACGUUCGCGGAUACAAGGAAAAGGGUAAUAUUGACACGCCCUUAGAGUUGGCAAUUAGGAAUCAAACGGAUCGAUAUAGUUUGGCGAUGGAUGCUGUGGAUAGGGUGGAGAGACUGAGUAAUAAAGGAGCGCAUGUUCGCGAGAAAUUGCUGAAUAUGCAGAUUUUGGCUAGGAGGGAUGCCUUUGAGAAUGGGAUUGAUCCGGUGCAUAUUCGGGAGUGGAGAUGGCCGUUUCAGAGGGGUGGGAAGGAUGAGGAGAUGUUGAAUAUGUUGAGAUUGACUUCUUACAAAGAGAAGGGUUGA